CCUGGAAUUGAGGGAACUAUCUUGCUUGCCUCUUGCAGAUGAAGCUUUUGAAGAUCCUCCCUUGGCGUCGGGCUGUUCUGGCCGUGGUCCUGAACCUGCUGGCUCUCAGCCUUUCCACUACAGCCCUGCUGGGCAGUUAUUGGUGUGUGGGGACACAGAAAGUCCCCAAGCCUUUGUGCGGGAAGACUAAGAACACCAAGUGCAUCGGUGCCCCCAUGCCUCCUGACGGAGGGGCCAGCAAUUCCUCUGCGCCCUCCCAAGAUGUGGUGCACUAUAGCUGGGAGACCGGGGACGACCGCUUUGCCUUCCGGUACUUCCACACAGGCAUGUGGCUUUCCUGUGAGGAGAACAUCGAAGGCUCAGAUGAGAAAUGUCGCAGUUUCAUUGAACUUUCACCACCAGCAGAGAGAGGCAUUCUCUGGUUGUCGCUUGGAUCAGAGAUGAUUUACAUAAGCUUGCUGCUCAUUAGUUUCAUCCUCCUGCUGGUGGAUAUGUUGUACACAGGGAACCCAGUUUGUGGGCUGAAGCUCAAUGCCUUUGCUGCUGUCUCCUCUGUCUUGUCAGGCCUACUGGGGAUGGUGGCUCACAUGAUGUACAGCCAGGUUUUCCAGGCAACUGUUAACAUGGGGCCAGAGGACUGGAGACCGCACUCAUGGGACUAUGGUUGGGCCUUCUAUAUGGCCUGGGCCUCCUUUACUUGCUGCAUGGCCUCUGCCGUCACCACCUUGAACACAUACACCAAAACCGUGCUGGAGUUCAAGCGCAACCACCAGAAAGGCUGCGACGGGAGCCUCAUGGUAGACCAGUCCCAGCACCACCAGUGCUUCUUCCCACCUCAGUACCAACAGCGAGAGCCACUGGGCGGCUUCUACCCGCACCGAGACAAGCCGCUCCACUCCGUCUCCGAAGGAGUCGCCUUCUACUCGGAGCUGCAGCAGAAGGUGCUGCAGAGGGAGCCCGACCUAGAGAUGAACGAGGUCCUGGGGAAAUCUGGCGGGGAGGAUCCCUGUUAGGAUGGGGGGAGAGAGGGCUUGGUGGGACAGUCAAAAAAGAGAGAGCGCUCUAAAUCAAGCUUUAGCCUCCUCCCCUCGAGGUUCUUGCUUCUUUUCAUUUGCUCUGCUGGGGAAUAAUUCAAUGUGGGUGGGAGUUAGGCAGUCACUGACAUGGAUGCAUCUGACCAUAGGAACCUGCCGCUUUCCAUCUUGCUCAGCGCUGUCUGCACACACUGGCUGGCAGCAGCUCUCCAGGGUUUUAAAUAAGGAUAUUUCCCAAAGGUACCUGGGGGUGCCAGGGACUGAGACUGGGCCCGCCUGUCUGUGCUCUGCCACUAUGAGCCAGAUAUGAAAUGGGAUGUUAUCCAGGCCUUUACAUUGGGACUGGGUUUUAAAAUGCACAAAUAGCCAUGGAGGGGAAUCAAAUGGGGACAACGAUGUAGGGGAAGGGGGCUUGAAGCCUUUGCUGUGGUCACAGUCUCACUCCAAAUCAGGGGGGCUUAAUGCUUGCUAUUUGCAACGGGGAGGAAAGCUCUUGUUCCCAAUAGAAGCCUUCCUCCCACUGCAAAUAGCAGGCAUGUGAAUUUAGAGUGUGACGAUGGCAGCAGCAAAAGCCACCCCACCAGGCUACGAUUACCAUCUGGACCUCCCUUGUCCCCCCGUCCCCCCCCGGGCCGAGCAUCCUCACCAUUUAAAAAAUAGCUCGUGUGCCUGCUGUAUUCUAACAACAGGAGUACUAUCACAUCCAGCUUGGUCCUGAGGAGCUGCAGGGCACUGAAGCUCAACACUGCUGCACAGCAGGAAGUGUUUGAACCACAGAAGAGAGUGACAGCAUCUAACCCUGAUGCAAAGGAAACUGCAAUGUGCACAGGACUUGGCAUGCUAAUUAAACAGCACAAUCGAAUUUCCUUGCUUAUUUGCGAUUGUAAAUCACUUUUCUAGAGGGAAAUAUUGCAGGGUGGUAAACCUUGAUGCCAAAUGCAGGUGUAUGAAGAAGGCAUUGACAUUCCUGCCUUAGAUUCAGCGAGGUCCACUCUGACUAGUUUGAUCUGUUGAAACACGGCAGCGCUGGCCAGCAUUUGGAUCAUAAUAAAUCAAAUUCCUGUUUAAA